AUUCAACAACAACUGUAUUUUGUGUUGAAAAGAGAGAGAAAAGUUUAAUAAAUAUUAUUUUUAUGAUAUAAUUAAAUGAUAUGAAGCUAUGAAGUGAUCAAAAUAUAUGGAAUUGCUUUGCCUUUAAGCCGAUUAAAGUUAAAACAGAAAUAGGCGUCAAAUAUUAUAACCCAAUAAUUCAGUGCUCGACCUGAAACUGAAAUUCUUUACAUAAAACUCCCGGUGCUCUACAUUCUGUACACUCCCUCUCAAUACAAGUGCCGAUUCUCUUAAUUCUUAGGCAAUCUCUCACUCUUUUAAUCCGGAUAUCUUUGUAUUGCAGGCGAGCCUUCAAUUAUUUCAUUCAAUUUAUAUUCACAUUAAAGUGUGAAUCAAAGCAAACACUGGAAGCAGUUAUGGAUAUGAAGUCGUCAUCGGCUGCCAUAAUAGCGACGCGACAACCGCUCACCCAAAUGACGGCCAACGGGACGCCUGAGUGCGCCGCCUGUCAUAAGGCCAUCCGCGAGCGCUAUCUCCUCAAAGCCCUGGACCAGCUCUGGCACGAGGACUGUCUCAAGUGUGCCUGUUGUGACUGUCGGCUCGGGGAGGUUGGCUCCACUCUCUUCACCAAAGCCAACCUCAUUCUCUGCAAACGCGAUUACCUCAGGUUAUUCGGAACGACUGGCCUGUGCUCUGCCUGUAAUAAAACAAUUCCUGCUUUCGAAAUGGUAAUGAGGGUUCGUGGGGGACAUGUCUAUCAUUGUGACUUCUGCAUUGGGGACCGAUUUUAUUUGUACGACAACCGGAUUCUGUGUGAAUACGACUACGACGAGUUGGUGACGUUUGGGAGCGGCGCUUACAACAGCUUAGACCGUCUCAAGAAGCAAACCGAGUCGUUGGCGUCGCCGCCGGCCCACAACCGGCAGCCGCCGGCCGACGACGCGUCCAGUGGUUAUGGUAGCCCUGACUCGCUGUUGAGUGAUGGCAAGUAGUUACCCAUCAACUCCUAUAUAUCUCUCAAAUAUAAUAUCAUUUCCAAACCAUUCAAACAAACCUUUCUCAUUCCGAUACAUAUUCUGAUUCUGUGACAAAUUUUGGUGCAAUUAUUAUAAAGGAGCGAAAAAUUUGAAACUUAGAACCGCUGUAAAUAUGUAUAAUAAGAGGCCUCCCAUCGACCGGAAACCACUCGUCAAACUCGAGAAAAAGUAAUAUUAUAUAACAAUCGCUAUUAUAUAAUAUAAUUAUAUAUAUAUAAUUUAAAUUUAUUCCAAUUAUUAUAAUUAAUAUCAUUUUAACUGUAAUAUUAAUGUAUAAUUCCAUUCGUUUAACGCAAAUAAAAAUUCAAUAUAAAUAAGUCUUUAAA